CUCCAAUCUUUCACAAUCGCAUCAAUCCCGGCACAACUGCUUGCUCUGACCAGGGAACCCGCAACUUCUUGCCCCCAUUCAUCACAAACAACUUCCUGCACCACAACCGGAAACCAAAGAAUAUAUUCUCCAAGAUGAGUUCCAACAACAAGCCUACACUCGUCAUCAUCGGGGGCGCCUUUCACACCCCGGCUAGCUACGGUAAACUUGCCUCUGCGCUCGAAGCAUCCGGCUUCGAGGUUCACGUGCCACGCCUUCCCACCUGCAACGGGGCUCGUCCUCCCAACACAGGCUUGGAGGAUGAUACGGCCUUGAUUCGGAGCUAUGUCGAGAGCCUCGUUCGGGCUGGGCGCGUUGUUGUGACCAUUGGUCACUCCUAUGGCGCUCAGGUGAUGUCCAAUGCCCUGUGCGGUCUCGGGACUGAAGCUCGGUCUUCCCAAGGUCUGAAGGGAGGUGUCUCCAAUCUGAUUUAUAUGGUUGGUUAUGCACUUCCAGAGGGCAUGUCUACCUCUGAUAAAUUCAAGGAGUUUGGCAAGAUGGAGGAUGCUCCCCUGGUAUUCGACAUGGCUGAGGACCACACGAUUGUUCUGCGCGAUGCCCCUUUGAGCAUGGGCCUUAGAGCCCCUGGUAUCGCAGAGGCCGAGGUCCAGGCAUAUGUGAAGACACUGUGUCGUUGGAACGGGAAGGGGAUGAUGCAACCUCUCGAGAAGACAGCCUGGAAGGAAAUUCCAGUGGCCUACAUUCACACUACCACCGAUAUCUCGAUCACGCCUCCUGAGCAGCAGAGUAUGGUCGAGGGCGUUGAGAAGGCCACUGGCCGUAAGGUUCAGACUUUCACAGUGGAGUCUGGUCAUUGCCCAAACUUCACCGCGACGCAAGGUGUUGUGGAUGCUAUCGAAAAGGUUGUGUCUGCUUGAGUCGGCAUAGUAGUUCUGAAG